UUUAGUGUCUUUGACUUUGUUUAAAUUGAUGGAGUAGCAUUGGUGCUGAAACCAUUGUAUGCAUCUCAGAAUGGGUUUCCUUCUCUUUUUUCUCAUGCUGUCCUCUGUCCAUGGGGUUUUAGCUCAAGACCUUGCAGAUACAACAAUCGUAGUUAAGGGGACCACAAGAAUUGCCGAGACCUACCACAAUUUCAUCUGUGCUACUGUGGAUUGGUGGCCUCCAGAGAAGUGUAACUAUCAACAAUGCCCAUGGGGCGAAUCCUCUGUCCUGAAUCUGGACUUGUCUCAUCCUUUGCUUACCAAGGCUAUCCAAGCUUUCAACCCACUCAGAAUAAGAAUUGGAGGAACUUUGCAAGACAAAGUUGUGUAUGAUGUUGGAAAUUUGAAUUCUUCAUGCCUUCCAUUUAAAAAGAUGGCAGGUGUACUUUUUGGAUUUUCCAAGGGCUGUUUACCUAUGGCUAGGUGGGAUGAGCUCAACCUCUUAUUUAGUAAGACAGGAGCAUUUGUGACAUUUGGUCUCAAUGCACUAUAUGGGAGACACCAAUCCGGAAAUGGCGCUUGGGUAGGUGCUUGGGACCCUAGUAAUGCUCGUGAUUUUAUCAAGUACACCAUUUCCAAGAAAUACCCAAUCGAUUCAUGGGAAUUCGGAAAUGAGUUGAGUGGAAAUGGGGUUGGUGCAAGUGUUGGUGCUCAACAAUAUGGGGAAGACUUAAUCAACCUUGAGGCUCUCGUCAAUGAGUUGUAUGGGAAGUCCCAUCGAAAACCAUUGAUUGUAGCACCAGGAGGGUUCUAUAAUCAACAGUGGUAUACCAAGUUUCUUCAAGUUUCGGGGUCGGCUGUGGUCAAUGUUGUAACUCAUCAUAUAUACAAUCUGGGUGCAGGUAAUGAUCCCAAACUUGUUAAUAAGAUACUGGAUCCCCAUUAUUUAAGUCAAACAUCACAAACUUUUGGCAAUCUUGAAAAUACCAUUAGAAAGCAUGGUCCAUGGGCUUCUGCCUGGGUUGGUGAAGCUGGUGGGGCCUACAACAGUGGUGGGCGUCUAGUGUCUGACACAUUUAUAAACAGCUUUUGGUACUUAGAUCAGCUUGGAAAGUCAGCAAUGCACAAUACCAAGGCAUACUGUAGACAGACUUUGAUUGGUGGGAACUAUGGUCUCCUCAACACCACCACUUUUGUGCCAAACCCUGAUUACUAUAGUGCACUUCUAUGGCAUCGGCUUAUGGGAAAAGGCGUCCUUGCUGUUGAUGGUGAAACAUCGCCAUUUUUGCGUGUUUAUGCCCACUGUUUGAAAGGAAGAGAAGGCAUAAUUCUCCUUGUGAUCAAUCUUAGCAACAAUACCGAGUUUAGAAUCACUGUUCAAAAUAGUAUGAACAUCAACCUGAAUGUAAGAGAGAAGACUAUUCACUGGAACAAUUCAUUCAUGCAUGGUCUUAAGAGAACGGUUUCGUGGGUUGGAAGAAAAGCAUCAGAUGAGGAAGAAUUGAGAGAGGAGUAUCAUUUGACUCCAAAGGAUGGAUAUCUCCAGAGUCAGACUAUGGUUUUAAAUGGGACUCCAUUGGAGCUUACCGAGGAAGGAGAUAUCCCAAAUCUGGAACCUGUUCUUGUUAAUGUGAAGUCUCCUAUAUCCUUGGAUCCUUUAUCCAUUGCCUUCGUAGCCUUCCCCAACUUUGAGGCUCGAGCUUGUAGGUGAUGGAAUUCAGCUACCACUUGCAGGUUCACAAGCAAUUCUGCAUCUCCAUUUCAGCACACCCUCAGGUAAGGGAACUGGGCCAAUAUAGGCCUACUGUAAUUAAUAUCAAAUCCCCCUCCACUCCACCCCCCCCACCC